AUGACAACGAAUUCUCCUAAACCAGCUAUAUCUAUCAUCGAUAUCAAUCAUCAAGAAGAAGCACCACCACCAGAUCUUAUUGAAGUACCUUCUGAAACUCUUGAUAAAAUAGAAAAUGUUGAAGAAACGGAUAAAACAUCAUCAUUGAUUGUUAAUAAAUGUUGGAAAUUGAUAAGAACAUAUGUGAGGAAAUUUCAUGGAUUACAUGAAGAACGACCAAAACGUUUACCAUGGCAAGAAUAUCUUUGGACUUUUAUUGGAGCAUUAUGUGGUAUCGCAGCUGUUGCAUUUUUUCAUUUCAGAUUAAUCGAACGGCGUCAACUAUCAUUCUUAAUCGGUUCAUUUGGUGCUUCUGCUGCUAUUGUAUUUGGUGCACCUCGUACUCCAUUAGCUCAACCUCGAAGUUUAAUUGGUGGUCAUAUUAUAGGCGCUACAUGUGGUUGUGUAGUACGAUUAGCUGUUUAUCAAUUUGAAAAAUCAAUGGGAUGUGCUAUUGCAGUUGCAACUACUAUUGUAUUAACACAACUGACUGAAACAACUCAUCCACCAGCUGGUGCAACUGCUCUAAUUGCUGUUACUGCUCGUCCUAUUUUACCUUGGGCAAAUUUUCAAUUUAUUUUAAUGCCUGCUCUUUCUGGUGCUUGUACUAUGUUAUUAGUUGCAUUAAUUGUUAAUAAUAUGGCACCUAAACGAGUCUAUCCUACUUAUUGGUGGUAA